UGCAAAUUUUAGUUAAUUUCCCCAAAUUUUCAACCACAUAUACGCUAAAGCUCACCACUUGCGUCCUAUAAAUAUGGCCUAACUCUUACUCAGCAUAGCUUCUUCCAUUUUUUCCCAUCAAAUAUACAUAACAUAAACAUUCUUUUUUCUCUCAAGAUUGAUUAAUUAUAUACAUAAAUGAAUUUUUUUGGAAUGGUAAUGAGGAUUUCUAGGGAUGACUACGACGAUGAUUAUGGUUGGACAGCGAAGAUGGAUAUGGUAAAGAAGCGUUCAAGUGUGCUAGCGAAAUCGACAUGGAUGACGGUGUGUCGGGUCGGGCAAGAAGAUCCAUGUCGGGUGUUUCAUGCUCUGAAAGUAGGGUUUUCUCUCACACUCGUUUCUUUGCUGUAUUUGUUGGAGCCCUUCUUCAAAGGCAUUGGACAGAAUGCCAUCUGGGCCGUCAUGACCGUCGUCGUCGUGCUCGAGUUUACUGCUGGUGCAACAUUGUGCAAAGGGUUGAAUAGAGGCAUCGGCACGUUGUUAGCAGGAUCACUGGCAUUUUUCAUCGAGUUCAUUGCUCAAGAAUCUGGCCAAGUAUUUCGUGCAGUCUUUAUAGGAGUUGCGGUUUUUGUUGUUGGCACGGGGGCGACGUACAUGAGAUUUUUCCCUUACAUAAAGAAGAACUACGACUAUGGAGUGGUGAUAUUCCUCCUAACGUUCAACUUGAUCACGGUGUCGAGCUACCGGAUUCACAACGUGCUUAAGAUAGCACAAGAUCGCUUUUACAUGAUAGCCAUAGGCUGUGGGAUCUGUCUCCUUAUGAGCCUUAUAGUGUUCCCUAAUUGGUCUGGCCAACAUCUUCACAAUUUUACUGCCUCUAAGCUUGAAGGAAUGGCCACUUCCAUUGAAGCUUGUGUGGCUGAAUAUUUCAGCAAUGAAUAUCCAAAUCAUGAUGUGGCCAAAGAGUCAUGUGAAGACCCUAUUUACAAAGGCUAUAAGGCUGUUCUCGACUCUAAAUCCACUGAUGAGACCUUGGCAAUGCAUGCAAGUUGGGAGCCAUGCCAUUCAAGCAAGUGCGAGAGGGUGCCAUGGCAGCACUAUGUAAAGCUAGGCGACGUUCUCCGCCAUUUCGGAUACACCGUUGUAGCUCUUCAUGGAUGCCUUCGUACUGAAAUUCAGACUCCAAGAUCGGUUCGUGCCCUUUUCAAAGAUCCAUGCAUUCAGCUGGCUGGAGAGGUAGCCAAAGCACUGAUGGAACUGGCUGACAGCAUAAGGCAGCGCCGGCAGUGCUCGCCCGAGAUUCUCUCCGACCACCUCCACCAAGCCCUACACGACCUCGACGCCGCCCUCAAAUCCCAGCCCAAACUCUUUCUAGGCCCCAACUCCAACGCCACCAACAACAUGUUGGUCAUGGCGGCUGCCGCCUCCGCCAGGCAGAACUCCUCCCUGUCCAGCGUGAAAACAGACUCGUCCGCGCUGCUCCAGUGGAAGUCCAAGAGGGCUGCUGCCGCCACCGAACAGGCCAAAGAGUUUGUCGAUAGGAAGUCGUCUCUGCGCCCCACGCUGAGCAAGAUUGCCAUCACCAGUCUCGAGUUUGCAGAGGCACUGCCAUUCGCCGCCUUCGCCUCGCUGCUCGUUGAGACGGUGGCAAGGCUCGAUCUCGUGAUCGACGAGGUGGAGGAGCUGGGGAGGGUUGGCAACUUCAGGGAGUUCUGUGCAGGUGAUGAUAAAGUUUGCCAUAAACCUACAAUGGGAAAAGAUGCACCAUUGGAGAAUCAUCUGCCUUCUCAUGGCAUGGAGUAGAUUCAUCAUAAUGCAUCAUACUCUUUCUUUCUCUCUCCUCUCUCUCUCUCUCCCUCUAAGUUAUAAUCAUUUUCCCCCAUGAAUCAAGGGAUACUCUGGCUUAUCUGUUACUAUACUUUUUUUAGGGGGCUAUAUAUACUUCCCCUUUUCUAUUAUGACUUGUUUUUAUACUAUCCUACUACCUAUUCAUAAAUAGAUUUUCAUCUAGACAA